AUACUUAGGUUAGCCAUAUUGCUCGCAUAGACUACUUGCGACGAGUCUAGCUCAGUUUACCCGCGCUGAUUCCUGCAGUUCGAGUCUAGUUCCUAGCUUUGUCUUCUCCUCCGUCACCCCUGGCUCCGGGCUUCGAAGCAUUGAUACAAGUGCACAGCAAUGCGACUAUCGCGGCAGCACGGUGGGCUUCGGCUGGCGUGGGCGUUCGCUGUGGUCUUCGUUCUCGCGUUGAACACCGCGGAAGCUCAGCGAAAGAAGUCUCCGCCGCCUGCUGAAGCUCCCCCGCCAUUCAGCAGCGAUUACGACAGCCCGCCCACGGCCGAGCCUCCCGGAGGUGCGCCACCUGUUGCUUUGGAGGCAUCGCCGCCGCCUGGCCUCCCACCCAGCCCGCCGCCCCCCAGCCCCCGCCCGCCCAGCCCGCGCCCGCCCAGCCCCCGCCCAUUCUCUCCGCCUCCGCCCAGCCCCCAGCCGCCCUCUCCACCUCCGCCCAGCCCCACGCCACCGAAGCCGACACCGAAGCCCAGGCCCACGGGCACCCCACCCAAAUCUCGGACCGCCCAGCCGCCUCCACGUCAGCGUGUGCCCUACCUGCGCCCGCGACCCGCCAACUGGGCUGUCAACAAGCACGGCGACAACUAAGUCCACUAUGCUGAGUUGAGCUGGUGGCGCACCAUCUCCAUUGCUUUUCCAUGAUGUGCGGCCGGGUGUGGGGCCGUGUGGGCCGAUGUGGAACGGGAUGUGGGGCUUUGGCGCCUUGCCUUUCGGGAGAGCGGGAGAAUGCCCCGCCAAAAGGAUUUUGAGCGCCUGAAGGCUUGUUUUAUGAGCGUGUGUGUAUAUGUGUGCGUAUGCAUGUGGAUGAGGGGACAACCGGACUUGGGUCCUGGGACCACCGCGCGCCAGGACAAGUGCGGGCGGCAGCCUCAGAGGGAGAGAGGUUGAGAUUGCUUGACGCGGUUGAGAGCUGGACACGUGCUGAGUGCUCGGAUGGGGGUGAUUAUCAAACCAUGACCAUGAAGCAAGCGGGGGGUACCGAUAUUACGGGAAGGGGGCUGCUCAAUGCCCGACGUGUAUCACUUGUGACUGUGGGAGUUUCUCAUAUCAUCACGAGUUGCGAGCCUCCUGCAAUCAGGGGCAGCAUCUUUCGCACCUGGUGUCGUCUUACCGGUGUGUUUUUACCAGUGUUUUACCGGUUUUCGGAUGAUAGUGCUCUUGAGCGUGCUCUUGAGCCAGUGGAGGCCAAGGAAGGCGUAUUGAAGCAUGUGGUCGCGGCUCCUGCGUCCAGAACCUGCGGCAGUUCACGCGUUGCUGCCAGGCUGCCAGGCUUGGAAAGAUUGCACAGGUGGGCCGUGGCCAAUGGCUUUGGCGGGCUGGAGGUUUGUACGGCAUACCGGCGUCCUGAAUGCUGUUAGGAUGGGGCAGGUGGGAUUCCCCAGGCUAGAAUGGAACUAUCAGGGAAAGGAGAGACGUAGCGAAGGACCUGUGACCGGUUGGUGAAGGUGCGUGUCAGCGUGUCUUGGUGCAGCGACGUGGCGCCUGGUGGCGCUUGCUGAACUUUGAGCAACACGCGCUUACUCGAGCUUUUGUCCAGCCACAAGAAAGCAGCUAGUUAUGUAACCCGGUUAGCGC